AAAAACGUCAAAUAAGAGACACAAUAAAAAUAAUAAUGGUUCCAGUGGUGUUGUUGAUCAAAUGAUAAAUGAUGAAAUAUUGGAGACUAGGCCAAUACCUAAUGAUGAUAUGAAGGAAACUUUAUCGGAGGAACGCUUGUUGGAGUUUCAAGAGUUUUUAAAACGUGUCCAAACGUUGCAAAUGUCUCCAAGCCAGUCACAACAACAGCAACAACAAGAACAGAUGUCACCAUUAGUGGCUGAUAUUGAGGUUGGUGUGGAGCCAACGACUUUAAUGGAACUGGAUGAGCUAAAUGCUGUUUCAACUAGCCUUCAAAGUAGGGUCAACAAUAAGUCGACAACGAACAUUCGUGUUACUGUUGGCAUCGAUAAAGAUUUGGAAAUGAUACUUGAAAUGGAUCCAAGCAUCGUUGAUUUGGGUGAUAUUACCCUUAAAGAAACUACAGAUACGCGCGUUUUUGGUCUGCCUCCACUAGCGGGUGGCCCAACAUUUAAAACUGCAAUGCCAACAUCGCGUACACAAUUGAAGCUUCAACUGCAGCGCGAGCAGCAACAGCAGGAACAGCAGCAAAUACUAAUGCAGCAGCAACAGCAACAGCAGCUGCUACAUACGCAGGAUCAAACAAUGCUUAAUGCAUUCGGAAUGCAAACUGCUGGCUUUCAAUAUAACACAAUUGAAAGCAGUAAUCGAACCAGCGACUGUGGUAGUGGCAGCUCUUGCAGCCUGAAUCAACAUCAGCAUUCUCAGCAGCAGCAGCAGCAGUCAAUAACUCAGCUUGGCCAAAAGGAUAGGCUACCAGCAUCUAGUCCUGUUGCGCUUAAAGUACCUUUGCAGAGCAUAGGUGUGGAUGUGCCACCUCAAGUGCUACAGGUAAGCACCGUUCUGGAAAAUCCUACCAGAUAUCACGUCAUUCAGAAGCAAAAGAAUCAAGUAAGACAGUAUCUCAGUGAAUCGCUCAAGCCAUCUGUAUGGGAAUGCAACAAUUUCAAAAAUAAAACUGCUACUAACUCAGCUUCAACUGGCAAUUUACAAUGUGCUUCAGAGAUGAACAACAGAAAUGUUCAGAACGAAAGGUCAAACAGUUUCGGAGGUGGUGAUACUGCUUCGAAUAUUAUUGGAAAACACCUAAUGCAUUCCGAGGACUCAUCGCUUUUGUCGCCGUUUGGAGGUAAUUGUAGCUCCAGUUUUUUUGGAAACGAUUUGGAUGGCCAGAAUAUUGGGGAUCAGUCAAAAGGGUUAUUUAACAAAACCAACUUAAAUCUUAACUCGUCUAUGACAGGACGAACGUCUGCCAUUAUUAAUACUAUGCGUAGCUCCAAUUUUUCGGGCGCAGGUACAGCGAGCCCUCUGCAAUCAACGUCAGCUCCAAUGUCGCCCAGUCUAAGCUCUGUGGCAACAAGUGCAUCAGAGCUCCCUUCAUUUGACAGCGAUGCAGAAGAUCUCUUUGAUGACAUACUUCAAAACGAUUCCUUUAAUUUCGAUAAAAAUUUUAGUUCAGAGCUUUCUAUUAAGCAGGAACCACAAAAUUUGACUGAUGCGGAAAUAAAGGAUCGACAGAAGAAGGAUAAUCAUAAUAUGAUUGAGCGUCGGCGCCGUUUUAACAUAAAUGAUAGAAUCAAGGAGCUUGGCACUCUAUUGCCAAAAGGCAGUGAAGCGUUCUAUGAAGUUGUACGCGACAUACGCCCCAAUAAGGGGACAAUUCUGAAGUCAUCUGUGGAUUAUAUCAAAUGCUUAAAGCAUGAAGUCUCACGCUUAAGACAAAACGAAAGCCGCCAACGCCAAAUGGAACUACAGAACAGAAAGCUCAUAUCUCGCAUACGGGAAUUGGAAUUGCAGGCAAAAUCGCAUGGUAUUUCCCUCUCUGAUUACAAUCUGACAUCAGUAUCAGCACCCACGCCUGCCAACUCGUAUCUUAAGUGCUCCAGCCCGUCAUCUGUUGGCCAUAAUCGGCAUACAGCGACAUCCCUAAUGGAGGAAGUUAUUGAGGCCAAGCUUCCGUUGAUCAACAAUGAUGCUCCUGGUAUUAGUCUCAAUCAAAUUGAUGAGCUCAUGGAAGACUGUAAGCAUCCGGUCCAGGGAGGUGAUCCGAUGUUGUCCUCACAUAGCAGCCAUUCACCAGUUGCAACGCAACUUCAGUGCAAUAGAGAGGCUGCCAUUUACAUUGCCACAACAGCUGGUGUUCAUCAUAUGGGUACUGUAGAUAUGCAGCGCAGCAGCCGUGGUGAUAACAACAGUAACUGCUGUACCCAAUCAGAUCACUCGCAUUCGCAUUCUCACAGAAGACAAGGGCAUCAGCAAUCACAUUCACAUCAGCAUCACAGAGGUCAUAAUGAACAAAAUACGGCAUUUGGCAUGCUAAACGAUUGCGAUGGCUCUGGGCAUGAUCCGCUACUUUCUUCAUCGCAGCAAUCGCAUGGCCUUGUUGAUGUUGAUGACCAUCAGUCGGUGGACCUCUCUGCAGUGAUGAUAAAUGACCAUUCAUUAUCCUCUUUAGUAGAUGAAUCCCAUGGUGAGCCCAUGCUUUUGGCACCCGAUUCGCUAGAUAUUGACCUUUGAGAGAAUGCAAUCGCUAUGCAUCAUUACCAAUCAUUACCAAGUACAGCAAACGCAUCAGCAAAGUUCAAAAAUUUCAAGGAGUAGCUUAGUAUUAUUGCUUGCAUUGUAAAAUGCUUGACCAUAUAUUGAAAUAAGAAGUAUUAAUGAAAAUUUUAUUACAGUAAAGCAAUUGUUAUAUAUGUCGUAAGUCACAACGCAAUCAAACAUAUGUGUGUACAAUGUGUCUAAAUA